UAAAGAACGUCCUUGCUGUCUUCCUUUGCACACAUCAAUUGGGCGUAUCCCUUUUCAAACCAUCUCACCCGUCUGAAAUAAUUGACAUUGUCCACGUCACCACCUCCCGCUCCAGAGAUUUUAUGCCACCAAGAUGAACGUGGACUUUCAGUCAGAAACUGAUAGUGACUACACGAGUUACUGGCGAGACUGGUUCAUAUCGUCCCGAGGAAACGAAUACUUUUGCGAGAUCGACGAAGAGUACAUCACGGACCGGUUCAACCUCACGGGUCUCAACACCGAGGUACACUACUACCAACAUGCUCUGGACCUGAUCACCGACGUCUUCGACCUCGACUGCGACGACGACAUGCGCGAGACCAUCGAGAAAUCCGCCCGCCACCUCUAUGGUCUCGUCCACGCGCGGUACAUCGUCACCACCCGCGGCCUGGCCAAGAUGGUGGACAAGUUCAAAAAGUGCGACUUCGGACGCUGCCCUCGGGUCCUCUGCGACAGCCACCCUCUGCUGCCCUUCGGGCCGAGCGACAACCCGGGCCUGAAGACGGUCAAGCUCUUUUGCGCCAAGUGCGAGGACAUUUACAACCCGAAGUCGUCGCGCCACGCCGCCAUCGACGGAGCCUACUUCGGGUCCAGCUUCCACAACAUCCUCUUCCAGGUCUACCCGGCCCUCGUGCCGACAAAGACCCGCCGGCGCCACGAGCCCAAGGUCUUUGGGUUCCGCGUGCACGCCGCCGCCGCGCUGGCGAGGUGGCAGGACGACGAGCGGCGGCGCAUGCGCAAGAGGCUCCGCGAGGCCGGCGUCGCCACCAAAACCUCGGAGCUGUACGUCGAGGACGGCUCGAGCAGCGACGGGCAGACCGAGGACGACAUCGGCCAACACCGCGACGGAGAUUCGAAAAUGACAAUGUCGGCGGCGACCACGACUACGACCACGACGGCGACGGCCGAACACGACGACGGUGUCGUCCUCGGAGAAUCAAGGUUAGGAUAGGCUCACUCACCCACUCGCUCACUAGCAGACCGAAAAUCGAGACCACAAUGUGGCAGCGAAAAACAAUCACGCCGAAGAGCCCUCCGCGUCCCGGUGUCAUGGCAGGUCGGUCGACUUGAACGAGAAACUCUUGGAGAUGGGACCCUGCGGGCUUCGUACAGCUCACCACAACUCGAAUACCUAGGUAAUGUCAUCGAAGGGGCCAAGGGACAUUGCUUGGUACGUCGGAGGAAAAAAGAAGGGGACAUGCGCCGUUUUUUUGCGCGGGACAAACAGACAUGCUUGCUUGGUCAUUUUUCGCGCAACCCACCAGGCGUCCAUGGCACUCUUUUUUUUCUCAGCAUCUUUCAACGUCAUGACCUACCUCUGGGAGGUUUGGCAUUUAACAUGAGUCGGAGGAACCCCACGCAGCCAAGGAUGUAACGGAGGGUGUCAGCAAAUGGGACGAAAGACACGAAGAUAGCAAUCGACGUUGUCACGCCGUCUGAAACGGUUUUACUCACUCCAACACAACAACGAUGCAUGCAUACUCCAAGGGAAAAUUAACGGGAAUAUGUUUUUCUUAUCAAUCUUUUCAUUCGGAAUCUUCAUUAUAUAUUAUGCUCUCUCAUCAACAUCAUCAUCAGGAUACCCCCUGCGCGCACGUUGACAUUUGAGGGUCAGGAUUCGAGCGUGUAGAUCGUACAGGAACAGGAGGACGUGUGUCCGGUGUUGCUGCUUCUUCUUUCUUCACUUUGACCCCCAGUCUAGGAUUAGGAGG